UUUAACGGAAUUUGUGAUUAUUUCCAGUAGUGGUGAAAAAAAGAAAUUAUUUUUGAGAUGAACAGAGAAGGGCAUACGAAUGGUGCAUACGACAAGGAUAAUAAUGGUUUCGGACAGGGACAGAUGUUGCAAACGAUUGCCGAAGUGCCGAGAACUGAUGCCAUUGUACUGGAUCGCGAGUUCAGUUACGCCGAACAACCAAACACAUUUUCCGAGAAAUAUUCGUCCGAAAUUAAACUCGCUCGAACACUCAUCAUAAAUCUUGUAUUUGGUGCUUAUUUCGCAUGGGCUUCGUAUUAUUUUGUUAAAAACAAACAAUGGGAGUCAAAAUGUGGAAAUAUGUGGUGUGAUGGAUAUGGCAUGUUCUUCAUCUUGGUCGUUUUCACCUACACACUCAUCUUUUACUUCAAAGUUAUCAAGCGAUUCUUCGGACGUAGCAUUGCGAAAACCAUUCGACCAUAUUCAAGAAAAAUCACUACAACUUUCGAUCGCAAAAAAUAUAUGAAACUAAUCGUGGUUGCAAUUUUACUCACAAUAUUCGGUAUUUUCAUUGGCAUUGACUCGUACGAUUCGCCAGAACGGCUUCGAUCACUCCUUGGAAUCGUCAUUCUUCUGGGCAUUGGAUUCGUUUUCUCUAAACAUCGAACGCAUAUAAACUGGAGGACAGUUAUCUGUGGAAUGUCGCUGCAAUUUCUGAUGGGAAUUUUUUGUAUUCGUAUGAAUAUUGGACGGAAAAUUUUUGGAUGUCUUGGCGAUAGGGUAGCGGUAUUUUUUGAUUUUGCUAAAAAAGGAGCCUCAUUUGUCUAUGGUGAUGAUUUGGUUUACGGUAACAAAAGCCUGGAAUUUACAGCAGUGUUUGCGUUUUCGGUGUUGCCCGUUAUCUUCUUCUUCAGUUUCAUUGUUUCAAUAUUGUACUACUACGGCGCUAUGCAAUGGAUUAUCCAAAAAUUGGGCAAUCUACUUCAAUCAAUUAUGGGAACAACGCUAUGUGAAAGUGUGACAGUUGCUGCGAAUAUUUUCCUUGGAAUGACUGAAUCUCCAUUGAUCAUCAAACCGUACAUAAGAUACUUGACUGCGUCCGAAAUACAUGUGAUUAUGUCAUCCGGAUUUGCAACAGUCUCGGGCACCGUCUUAGCUGCCUAUAUGAACUUUGGAGCUGAUGCAUCUCAUUUGAUUACGUCUAGUGUAAUGGCAGCACCGGCCACUUUCGCAUUUUCAAAACUCAUUUAUCCCGAAACAGAAAUCAGCCAGACCACAUCGAAAUCAUUCAGCAUGGAGAAAUCCCAAGAGAACUCCGUAUUGGAUGCAGCGUCGAAUGGAGCCUUUGCUGCUGUGCAACUUAUUGCUGGAAUCAUUGCCAAUUUGGUGGCAUUUGUUUCGUUUGUUGCAUUUCUGAAUGCGGUCGUUGGCUGGCUUGGAAUGCUAGUGGGCUACGAUUUCUUGACCGUUGAGUGGUUCUUCGGCAAAAUGUUUAUUCCACUGGCUUACAUCAUUGGCAUUCCAUGGGAAGAUUGCGAAAAAGUCGGAGCUGUUAUUGCAUCAAAAAAUAUUAUAAAUGAAUUCGUAGCUUAUAAAAAAUUGGGCGAAUUGAAAAAUGCACAUGCCAUUUCAGAGCGAAGCGUUGCAAUCACAACGUUUGCCAUCUGUGGAUUUGCUAAUUUAAGCUCACUCGGUAUGAUGAUUGGAAAUCUCGGUACGAUGUGCCCAGAGAAACGAAGUAUCAUCACAUCUGUCUCAGUCCGUGCAUUAAUUUCCGGCUCAAUCAUUUGCUUCAUCAACGCGAGUAUAGCAGGUCUCUUGAUGACAAAUGAUAUUUUCAUGCAAGACGCGCAAAAUACUACAGUCACCAAUGGAACGAUCAAUUAGAUUAAGCAAUUUAUCAAUGAUAAAUUAAUAGCAGAUAAUGCAUUUUCUAUGGAAACGAAACCAAUUUGAAAAAAAAACACACACAUUUCUCGAAG